AAGAAUCAAUGAAACUCACUGGAGAUGUGGGAACUACAGUUGCGUACACACGAAUCAGUGGCGGGAGACGCAAUCGGCAGUAAACGCACAAACUCAACUUUUGCAGAGAGAUAAAUGGGGGAAUUUGGAGUUUUUGCGUUAUUCGGACUAGAAGAGUCACCCCAAAGGCUCCUCGGCGACGAAGGACCCCGACUGGUGUCAGUUGCCAUUCCGCCAAAAGUCCAGCAGGUGGUGCUGUUUAGCAGCGGACCUUGGGGUGAGAGGACUUGCGUCAACGCGGACCUCUACGACGCUCAUCGGACGCCCAUCACCAUCGGGAAGCUGACUCCUUAUAACAGGUGUCUGUCCUGGGAGCAAUGGGAAGAAGAGACAUGGACGAAUGGUGCAACCCUGACUGUUACACUGGAAGGAGGACAUAUGGCGGAAGACAAUCGGCCGGAACCAGCACUCAUUUUGGCCGUCAAGGACCACACGCCAAAGCAUGCUGCUGCUCCUCUUGCACCCCAAGAGCUCAACUGCAAAAAGAAGAGGAAGCGAGCCACUGCCGGAGAGCUUGAUAUGGGCAAGGAUGCCGGGCUGGUUGAAGAGGAGGUGGAGAACACGUGUCCCAACAGCAGCUUGGAGCAAACCGCACCAUCGCGGAAAGUCCAACGGCACGCCAAAGGCCGGCAGAAACUUUUCUUGGGCAGGGGCAAUGCGGCCAAAAGUCAAGGAGCAGCGCUGCCGUCAGGGCCGUCGGGUCGCUGGGGUCAAAUGCUAUGCCCCAUUGACGCCCAGACGGCCAUCUUGAUUGGAGGUCAAGGAGCCAGGAUGCAGUUCUGCAAAGAUCCUUUGUGGAAGCUCUGCACAGAGGACCUGUCCUGGGUGCCGGCCGAGACGCUGGCGCAGGGUCCGACUCCCGAGGCCAGGAUCGGUCACACGGCGGUCUACGACCCGGACUCCGACCGCAUCUUCGUGUUUGGCGGCUCCAAGAACAAAAAGUGGUUCAACGACGUCCACAUCCUGGACACGCAAACCUGGAAGUGGACCAUGGUGGAGGCGCAAGGGAAGGUUCCCCCGCUGGCUUACCACAGCUGCAGCCUGUUUCGCGGGGAGCUCUUUGUGCUGGGAGGGGUUUACCCUCGCCCCCACCCGGAGCCAGACGGCUGCAGCGACUCCCUGUACAUCUUCGACCCCCAGCGGUCCAUCUGGUACCAGCCCAUCGUCAUCGGCGACGCCCCGCCCCCCCGCUCGGGUCACUCGGCUUGCGUGAUGCCGCAGGGGAAGAUUUACGUAUUCGGCGGGUGGGACACACCUGUGUGCUAUAACGACAUGUUCGUGUUGGACCUCGGCUUGAUGGAGUUUUCUGCUGUUCAAACACGUGGAAGAAGCCCCGCCCCUCGUUGCUGGCACGGCAACGCCGUCAUCUCGGCCACAAAGUUCUUGAUCCACGGCGGCUAUAACGGAAACAACUCGCUCAGUGACGCCUUUGUUUUCGACACAGAGACAAACAUGUGGACGGAGGUGACGCUCCCGCAGCUGUCACUUGCCCGGGCGGGUCACUCCAUCGUCGCCAUGGAGACGGCCAGCGGCCACGAUGCCGAAGCGCAGCAAGCUGACAAAACACUGCUGGUGUUCGGAGGAGGCGACAACGAGGGCGCCUUUUACGCCGACGUGACCGUGGUCGCCGUCAAGGAGCUGCUCGCUCUCCUUUGACGGUUUGACGCCACGCGCUAAAAGUUUUGGUUCUUUCUCCCCCCCCCCCCCUUACUCAUUGUUGUUGGGUUUUUUUUCGCUAUAUUUUAUUCGUUUAAGAAAACAUAUUUUUGUUUUAAUUCACUUGAAUAAAAUGGAUGAAUUUGAAA